AUGAUUUAAUCAAAAAUGAUAGAAAAAGAAGAAGAUCUUUUUUGUUCUUAAUAACAUAGGCUUCCAGUGCUAAUGAUUGCUUGUGAUAAUAAACUUAAGAAAAAUGAAAGACUAAUGUGCUAACUAUGUAUGGAAAAUUUAGAAUAAAAACCAGAAGUAAUAGCUUUUAAGAAGACAUUGGAAAGUAUUGAAAGAAAUCAAAUGUAAAAGAAAGAAUUUAUUGAGAAUUUGUUAAUUACUAAUAUCAAAGACAUUUAAUAGCUCUAAAAUGUUCUUCAUCAAUUAAAAUUUGAUGUUGUUCAAAAAUUGGAUUAUUUGAUUGGUAAUGCAGAUGAAUGGAUCAAACAAAUUAAGUUAUGGGGAGUAUGA